AUCUCCUAAGAACAACCUCACAGUCAGGCCCAAGUCAAAGGAUUGGAACAGAGGGGUUACUUUCUCUUCUAGUUUGACUUUCAUCGCAAUACUGAGAGAGUGAACCCGUCUGUCUCCAGAAGGAAAGUUACAUUCACGUCACUUUGGCCUUUGUGAAAACCUGUGAUUGAAUUCUCUGGAAGUCUAUCUCUGCAUGCUGUGGAUCUCUGCUUUGGCAUCUCAACCACUUGGACAAAAACCUUCUGAAAGAUCUAGAAGCCAAGACUGCUCCUGACCUGGGGCCAUGUACCCCAACCCUCUCAUCUACUGCACCUGCUGGGACCCCUGGAACUUGGGACCACGGAAGCUAAUCAAGACCCGUCAUCCACCAAACAAGGCCCCUACAGGAAGGUGCAAGUUAACGCCUCUUCUACCAGCUGCAAAAGAACAGAAUUACCUCAAAUCCCAACAAUCAGCAAAACCUGCUGAUUCCCCAAAAGUGAAAACCAAUGCAGGAAAGCAGGAGGAGAGCAGUAAGUCAUCUUAUGAAGUGAUCAAUGUGUCACCUGGCUAUCAACUUGCUCGGAAUCGGGAGCAGAUUUCUGUCACCUUGGGGGACGAGAUGUUUGGUAGGAAAAAGCAGCUGGAAUCUGAGAUGAUGGACAAUCUCAACAUGUCCAGGACCGAUACCAUUAGUAACCUUGAAGAGCAGAUCUCAGAGCUGACAGCAUUAAUAGAACAAAUGAACAGAGACCACCAGGCUGCCCAGAAAUUGCUCUCCAAUGAAAUGGAACUUCGCUGUGCUGAGAUGAAACAGAACUUUGAAAACAAGAACAAGGAGCUCAGAAAGUCUCACAGAGCAGAGCUCAGUGAGUUAGAGAACAACUACAAAGAAGCGCUGAAGGCAGAGAAGGCAGCUGCCCGGGGAAAACUAGAGGAGAUGGAAAAGGAGUACAAGUAUUUGAAGAAUAUGUUUCAUAUGUAUCAGGACAGCAUUUAUGAUGAAAUAGAAGAAAAGUGGUUAAAGCGGAAAGCAGAAUGGGAGAAGGAGGAGAAGCUGGAGCGGGAAAAGAUCCUGUUGCAACAGAAACAUAAAAUGACAAAAAAGUUCGAGUUAGAGUCAGAAGAAGAAAAGAGGAAACUAACUGCAUCCUACAGUGCUUCCAUUGAGAACCUCAUUAGUGAGAAGGAGGAGCUCUUGAAACAACAUGAAAGUGACACCCUACAAAUACAGGAGCUGAGGAAGACCAAAGAGAUCAUGGAGGAAGAGUUGCAUGCACAAGCUGCUGUACUAGAGUCACUUAAUGCACAACUCUACCAAACCCAGAUGGAAUUCCAGAAAGAGAAAGCUACCUGGGGAAAUCUUGAGAAAACGUUCCAGACCAAGUUUGCUGAAACUGAAGAAAAGUACAAGCACACCGUACAGAUCCUGAGAGAGGAAAACGUGCUUCUAAGGCAAAAAACGAUUGCCAAGAAUGAAGAAGAAAUUUAUGAAGGAACCUUGCCCUCUUCAACUACUUAUGAGUAUGAUUAUGAUAUUGAAGACGACGACAAAUGAAAGAAUCAUAAACAAAAGUUGUUCUCCCUGGCCAAAUAUGGAAGAGUAUCUGAGGAUUCUUGCUGCCUUCUCCAAACCAUCGCCAGAAUUCAAAUGCCCACAGGGCAGGCAACAUAACCAGUAUAAAGGGCUGUGAUGUGUCUGGACUAAGGAAAAACAGUCACACAAGCACAGUGAUAAAUGGCCAUUAACAGUGGCCCCCUGGAGAAGCCUGGGUGGGUAUGGGGAGACGGAGAGAGGACUGGGGAAGGCAAAGCCACACCUGGCUGGAGGGAGGUUCUUCUCAGAUCCCUGAGAGUACUGCUGCACAGUUGCCUGGGUUGAUGAUGUCAGACAUUCUGAAUUUUCAAAAACAGAUAUUCUGGGUUUUAUGCGAUAUCUCCUGGUUUUCAAAUGUUGACAGUAAAUGUUAAAAACAUAGCCUGUAGGAGACUCAAGUGACACAGUCUAUGACCUGAAUGUUUCCCAUUUGUGGCACACCAAUGGCAACAAACAAACAAAAAACACUAACAAAAUAAUCUCUGAGGAGCAGUAAGAUAAAAUUACAUUUUAUUUUUUUAAAAAUGUUUUUUAAAAAGUUUAAAAAUACUCUUAAAGUUUAAAGAUAUGAAAUAAAUCAUUCACAGAAAGAAAAAAAUGAAUGCAAGUGUAUGAAAGGUGUAAAUGAAUGAUUAGGAAGAACAGCUGAUGAAGAGGUGUGUGUAAGAAAAACAGGAUUCUCAGGAGGCAGAGGCAGAGAAUCAUAAGCCUGAGGCCAGCCUGAGCAAUGUAGUGAGACUUAGUCUCAAAAGAAAAGAAAAGAAAAAAAAAAAAAAAAAAAAAAAAGCUGAGGCUGCAGCUCAAUAACAGAAUAGAAGGGAGAUGCCAGGAAGGGAGUUUGGGCACAGAUAAUAAAGAAGCUGUAAAACAACUUGAUUUUUUUUUAAGUUUUUAAAGAAUAUUUCCAAAUUUAUACAUUUUGAAAGUAGUGUGAAAUAUAACUUGAUUAAUGUAGUUUUUACUUUUAUGUAGUACUUUUUCAUCUUAUUAAAAAUACAGUUAGGGACUGGAGUUGUGGCUCAGUGGUGGAGUGCUUGCCUGGCAUGUGCGAGGCCCUGGGUUCAAUACUCAGCACCAUAUACCAGUAAAUAAAAUUUAAAAUUUUUUAAAAAAUUCAGUUAAUUCUCUGACAUGUGGAGGCUGAUUCACAAUGAGGGAUGGCUAGGGAAGAAUAGAAUUACUUUAGG